AGGUAUAUGGCCUACAAAGUGACGACACAUCCUGGGAGGGCAUGUGUCGUUGCUAUAGGAACGUGGUCAAAGCUUUUUGCCACAUUGAGUUUUGUUUUUUAACCAAGAGAGAUGUUGGAAGAUAUCUAUUAUAAUGCUUGUGCAGAGUUGCAAGUGCCCAUAAAUGCAUAUAUUGUACACGUACUUAAAGACGCACGGGAAAAUACACGUGACACCAUGAUCUAUUUGACUGGAAACGAUCGGCUGAAGGAGGUGCAGAAACUAAAUGACAAUGACAUGCUUGCGGUAUCAAAAAUCCUUCUUAAUAAUCAAUCAGUAAAAGGUUUAGAUAUGAGAUAUAAUGACAUCACAGACCAAGGAGCAAGACACUUAGCAGGACUUCUUCAGGAGAAUGUGGCCGUUCAGUCCUUGGAUCUCAUGUGUAACAACAUUGAGGCCGAGGGUGCAGAACACGUUGCCAAAAGUCUUCAUUUAAACAAAACGUUGAUGUCCCUGAGAUUGACGGGGAAUAAAAUUGGAGACAAAGGAGCCAUGCAUUUUGCCAGCAUGUUGCAGAUAAAUACCAAGCUGGAAGAGCUAGACUUCUCCGACUGUGAUUUGGGUACUCAAAGCUUAAUAGCAUUUUCCAUCGUCCUGAACAGCAAUAAACACAUCCGCUCCAUCAACCUGAGUAGGCCACUGCUCUACAGCCAUCAGGAGGAGCCCACUAUUCACAUUGCCCGUAUGCUAGUAGUGAAUCAGACUUUGUGUGAGCUGCAUCUCGGGAAGCAUGAGAUGACAGACACGGGUGUGGAGAGGCUGUGUGAGGCCCUGCAAGUCAACAAGAGCCUGCGCUACCUGGACCUCCGCUGCAACAAAAUCACGAGGGAUGGUGCCAAGUUCCUAGCUGAGGUCCUGAAACAAGGCUCUCCUCUGGAGAUACUCGACCUGUCUGCCAAUCGCAUCGAGGACGAUGGAGCCAUGCACCUUAGUGAGGCCAUUUUGCUGCCAAACUGUAAACUCAAAGCAUUGUCCAUCCCUUGCAACAACAUUGGUACUCUGGGCCUAGUAGCUUUUACAAAGGCCAUGAAGAUCAACAAGUCGCUAACUCAUAUUUACAUCUGGGGCAACAAACUGGAGGAGCCUGUGUGUGUGGCAUUCACCAAACUCAUGAGGAGCGGCCGGUUGCUGGAGUUGCACACCGACGUCUCGCCCUAUAUGGUGGAUGGCCAUGUGUGUUUGGCAGAGGUGUUUCAUGGUUUGCGCAGGCAUUUCUACUGGACUCCCAGCUACGGUGAGGAUGGAGAGUAUGCCAGCAAUUCAGCACUGGCCCUGUCUGACACUUCGGAUGAUUUUCUGCCUCAUGACAUUUUUGGCCACUCCUGAUCUUAAAACUUGACAUAAAUGAUCAUUGGAAGUAACUUCACAAAAUGAGAUCUAUUGUAGACUAAUAAUAAUAAAAUAUUCUUGUGAACAC